AUGUUAUACAGAACAGUAAACCAUCCUGGCCUCUUAGCUAAGCCUGAGACUCGCAAUAACUGGUCCAACGUUAAGCCUGAGACUCGCAAUAACUGGUCCAACGUUAAGCCUGAGACUCCCAUUAACUGGUCCAACGUUAAGCCUGAGACUCGCAAUAACUGGUCCAACGUUAAGCCUGAGACUCGCAAUAACUGGUCCAACGAGACUCGCAAUAACUGGUCCAACGUUAAGCCUGAGACUCCCAUUAAGUGGUCCAACGUUAAUCCUGAGACUCGCAAUAACUGGUCCAAAGUUAAGCCUGAGACUCGCAAUAACUGGUCCAACGUUAAGCCUGAGACUCGCAAUAACUGGUCCAACGUUAAGCCUGAGACUCGCAAUAACUGGUCCAACGUUAAGCCUGAGACUCGCAAUAACUGGUCCAACGUUAAGCCUGAGACUCGCAAUAACUGGUCCAACGUUAAGCCUGAGACUCGCAAUAACUGGUCCAACCUUAUAUAG